AUGGGUGCGCAGGCAGGGCUGGCGGCGGGGGCGAGGCCUCGGCGGGGUGCGCCGCCGCAGCAGCAGCAGCUGCAGCAGCAGCAGCAACAGGCGGGCGGUCAGCAGCCACAACUGCAGCGGGGCGGGGGUGGGGCGAGCAGCAGCGGCUUGGGCGAGGCAGGCAGCAGCGCGGGCGGCGCCAGCGGCAGCAGUGUUGGCGGAGGCGUCAGCGGCGUAAGCGGCGGCGCCAGCACUAGCGGCGGGGGCGGGGCCGGUGGCGGCGGCGGCGGUAAUGGGAGGCGCAGCCGCGGCGGCAGUGGUGGCCGGGAGCGCGGGGCCCAAGUCGCAGCGCAGCCGUCAUCAGAGCAGCCGCCGCGGCAACCAGCAAAGGGGGAGGCCCCAGCUGGGACGGGGCAGGCGUCGCCCUCUGACCUGCGGGGGACGCAGCAGCUGCGGGACCAACUGGCCGAGCCGCAGCAGCAGCAGCAGCAGCAGCGGCAGCAACAGCAGCAGCAGCAGGCGCGGGGCCAGCAGCAGCAGCAGCCCCAGCCGCCGCCGCCUGGGCCGCCUGGGGAGGCGCGGCUACCUCAAUAG